UCACAUUUCAUCUUUUUUUCCUCCUCCUUCCAUUUCUCUCUCUCUACAUUCCUCCCUCUUUCUCUCUCUCUAUACAUUUCUCUCCCCCCAUACAUGAUGGUGAAAAUUCAUCCGAGAGAGAACAAAUACACUCAAUAAUUACAAAUUCCAUAUUCAAAAACUCUCUCUCUCAGAUCUAGGGCAUCAUUUUGCCCUAGAACAUCCACAUUUUCACCCGCCAUUAAAGAGAGAGCGAUAGACACAGAUAUAGGAGAAGAAGAGAUAUACAUGUAUAUAUCUCAUAAAAUUUUAAAAUUAAAAACAAACAUAGAAUUUUUUUUAUAUAUAUAUAAAUAUAUAUAGAUAUAUAUUGUGUGUGUCGAGGAAAAAAAUGAUGGAGGUUGAUUUGUUUGAUGCGUUUUUAUUCAAUGCUAGUAGAGCAUUGUGUAGUCCUCUUGCAGUAUUUAUUCAGAUCCAGGAAAAGGGAAGAAACGAUAGUUGAGGUGUGUUUUUUGACAAAUAAUUGGUGAUAGUUUAGAUAGUAAACUUGCAUAAACUCAUCAAACCGGGGCACUUGAGGGAUGUAUAAUUGUCUUAAUACUGGGUCUUGGAUGGGCUUUGGCUGCUUAUGUAAGGGGCAGGGAGAUUCGACGCAUGAAGAGUAGUAUGAAAAGUGGAAAUAACUUUGCAUUCCUUACAUUGGACAUUAAUGAUCUUGAGCAUUCAAAUCAGGUCAAUUUGCCUCGAGUCACAGUUGUAAUGCCUUUGAAAGGGUUUGGCGAGCACAAUCUACACAAUUGGAGAAGCCAGAUCACGUCUCUUUAUGGUGGUCCUUUGGAGUUCCUCUUUGUGGUUGAAAGUACCGUUGAUCCUGCUUAUCAUGCUGUGAAGAGAUUAUUAGCGGAUUUUAAGGAUGCUGUUGAUGCUAAGGUUGUUGUAGCUGGUCUGUCAACAACUUGUAGUCAGAAGAUUCACAAUCAAUUGGUUGGGGUUAAGAAAAUGCACAAAGACACCAAGUAUGUCUUAUUCCUUGACGACGAUGUUAGGUUGCACCCCGGGUCAAUUGGAGCACUUACUACUGAAAUGGAGAAGAAUCCAGAUAUCUUUAUUCAAACGGGAUAUCCUCUUGAUUUACCAUCUGGAACUUUGGGAAGUUACUGCAUUUAUGCAUAUCACAUGCCAUGUUCUAUGGGAUUUGCUACUGGUGGACAAACAUUCUUCCUCUGGGGAGGAUGCAUGAUGAUGCAUGCAGACGAUUUUAGAACCGACCGCCAUUGUGUAGUGUCUGGGCUUCGAGAUGGGGGCUACUCAGAUGACAUGACUCUAGCAGCUAUAGCUGGGGCACACAAGCGGCUCAUUACAUCGCCACCAGUUGCAGUGUUUCCACAUCCUCUUGCAACCGAUCUUACGUUCCCUAGAUAUUGGAAUUAUUUGAGGAAGCAGACAUUCGUACUGGAAUCAUAUACGACAAAGGUUAACUGGAUCAUGAAUCGGGCUUUAUUUACAUCCCACUGCUAUCUGUCUUGGGGUUUUGUAUCUCCAUACAUCAUGGCGGGGAUUCAUUUGGCAGCUGCACUGAGAUGUUAUCUUAAAGAAUACUCUCUCGAGGAUACAGUCAUGACAUGUAGUGGUGGGUUGUUGCUUUCUGGAUGCCUUGCCAUAUGCACAGUGAUUGAACUCCUUUCCAUGUGGAACUUGACGAGAAUUGAAGUUCACUUGUGCAAUAUGUUGUCUCCCGAGGCACCUCAACUAUCACUUGCUUCAUAUAAUUGGUGUCUUGUAUUCAUUGCAAUGCUGGUUGACAAUUUCUUAUACCCGCUAUCUGCAAUGCGUUCUCAUCUUUCUCAGUCAAUCAAUUGGUCUGGCAUCCGAUAUCAUUUGAAGGAUGGAAAAAUAUGCAAGAUUGACAGACACAAGCAUUUGGUUCCUAAAAUUACAGAUUUGGCAGGAAAAGAUUUGCUUGGAAAACAAGGUUCGAUACCUAAGGUUGCGAUUAUUAGUUCUUUGUCCAGAACUCUAGCGCAGUGGCGACAACCAAAGAAAUACGACGUUUAGAUAAGAGAUCCAAUCAGUGGUAAAUUAUGUGAUUCUUUUGCUCCCUUGGUGGUAGUGACCGAGGAUUUGCAUGUUCAAUUCUUUUUCGUGGAUUAUUUAUCCCUUCGAUCUAAGGGGCACAUCAUCGGUAUAGGUUGGUAAGUGUAAGGGUUAUUGUUUCUCGCGAUUUGAUUCAUCCACUUCAUUCUUCUCACUCAGGUCUACCAUCCCUUGGGCUGGUUUUUGUAAUUGUAAAAUGUUAUUGUGUAAUUUGAUGUCCAUUUUCAAAGUUAGCUUAAGGUGUAUUUUGUGAGUUGGCUGACCAAUAGUUAACAAGUGUAAGGUUAUGUUGUUGUUUCUGGGUAUUAAAUUCAUCAAUUAAUUCUUCUCA